CUCUCACUUCGUCAUGCAGCGGCCUUUGACGCAACAUCUGGUGUUUCCACGGCAACCAUAAACUGAAGGAUUUCUCUGGCUUUGAGAACUGUUGGAAAUAUGUGAGGUAAUGUAAAAAGAACUCAACAAAACAAAAUGAAAUAGGUGUAGUCCCCUGUGAAUUUUGUUGUCAGAUAUUAUCAGCAUGUUAAAGUUUAUCAAAGUUUGUGUCUGAGCAGCAGGAAACUCUGAGUGAUGUCAUCAUGAAGUUUGAGCUCCAAGUGAACGUCUGCAGGUGAGCUAGUCCAGGUACAGAUCAGACUCAUCUUCUGAGAUGUUUAAAUGGUAAUGACCUGUAGCAGCCAGCAGGGGGAGCUCCUGCAUCACCACAGCUGUCAGUGUUUGUUUUCCUCUGUGAUGACAUGUUUGACACAUCACUGCCUCAGUCUCCACUCUGAUGACUUCAUUGUUAUCAAAACUUCAUCACUAAUAUCUCUUACAACGUGACAUUUUACCUUUUCUUUUCUCAGACGUAAAGGAGCAUGUUUACAUUUAGAGGUAAAUGAAGCUGCUCCGACGUGUGCUGUGAUGUCACACAUGGCUCGGAGGUCUAUGGAUGGCAUGUAUUGAUCGGUGAUCAGAAGUGUACAGGACAGUACGAGCUGAGCUGAUGUUACAUAAGCAGCUGUCUGUGUGUGUGUCAGAGAAUCAGCUGUAAGAGAGCAGCGCUGGAGUCGAGCAGGACGCGGUGACCUGCACCUUCCAUCGCUCCGUGCCUCAGCUUUUCUGUCUUCCUGUCAGCAUCGAGAUGCCGGGGACUCUUCCUAGGUUUCCCAGCAUGCAGCGGGGGAUGACCAUGCCCUCCUUGUUCAGCGGUGUCAGCACUCCCAGUUUACCCCGAGGCCUCACCAUGCCCAGCAUGCCCAGUUUUCCCAGCAUGCCCAGUCUACCGCGCGGCAUCACAGUGCCCAGUUUUCCCAGCCUGCCUAGGGGCAUCACUGUUCCCAGUUUUCCCAGCAUGCCCAGUUUACCGCGAGGCAUCACCGUACCCAGUUUACCCAGAGGGAUGUCGCUGCCGAGGUCCGUCGCCAUGUCGACCGUAUCUCAGGCUCCUCGGAGGCUGCUGCAGGACUGCUGCUCCGUGCUGGACCACCAAACACCAGGAGGUCUGUGCGGCUGCUGCUGGGCGCUGCGGCCUCGCUACAAGCGGCUGGUCGAUAAUAUUUUUCCAGAAGACCCCGAGGAGGGUCUGGUGAAGGCCAACAUGGAGAAGCUGACGUUCUUCGCUCUGUCGGCUCCGGAGAAACUUGACCGUAUCGCUGCGUACCUGUCGGAGCGCCUCACCCGAGACCUGAACCGCCACCGCUAUGGGUAUGUGUGUAUUGCGAUGGAGGCGAUGGAGCAGCUGCUGCUGGCCUGUCACUGUCAGAGCAUCAACAUGCUGGUGGAGAGUUUCCUCAGCACGCUGCGUCUGCUGCUUGAACACGACAAACCACACCUGCAGAUGCUCGCCACCAACUCUUUUGUGAAGUUUGCAAACAUCGAGGAGGACACGCCGUCGUACCACCGCAGCUACGACUUCUUCGUGUCUCGCUUCAGUGAGAUGUGUCACUCUGAGGACGAAGACCCGGAGAUGCGGAACAAGAUACGUGUGUCGGGGAUCCGUGGUCUGCAGGGCGUGGUCAGGAAGACGGUGGACGACGAGCUGCAGGUGAACAUCUGGGAGCUGCGUCACAUGGACCAGAUCGUCCCCGCUCUGCUGGUCAACCUGCAGCAGCACACACACUCAGACAGUGAGUCUCCAGCAGAGCAGACUGAGGUGUGUUUCAGGGAGCUGCUGGGACGAGCCGCUUACGGUCACAUUAACAACGCAAUCCGACCUGUGCUGAUGCACCUGGACAGUCACAGUCUUUGGGAAGGACGAAGUUUUGCUGUUCAGUGUUUUCAGAUCAUCAUGUACUCCAUCCAGACUCAGCACUCUCACCUGGUCAUCCAGCAGCUGUUGGGUCACCUGGACGCCAACAGCAGGAGUCCGGCUUCAGUCCGAGCCGGCAUCGUCGAGGUUCUGUCUGAAGCUGCUGUGAUAGAAGCUACCGGAUCUGUAGGACCCACAGUACUGGAGGUGUUCAACACGUUACUGCGACAGCUCAGGCAGAGUGUCGACUACCAGCUGACUGGUUACUAUGACAACGCAGGGCAAAACAAAACCACCUCAGCCGAGGAGAAAACACUGCAGGACGCCGUCAUCAAAACCAUCGGAUCCUUCGCCAACACACUCCCUGUCUACCAGAGGUCAGAGGUCAUGCUGUUCAUCAUGGGAAAGAUCCCUGUACCUGGAAUCUACCCCGCCCUGGGGUCGCCCAACGCCGGGUUUGAGGGCAGCAUAAUGAUCCAGGUGAUGUUGUUGAAGUCUCUCCUGCAGGUGUCUGAGCGUUAUGAGAGCAGUAACCUGCUGAUGGCUCUGCCCUCGUCCUUCUUGGAGCCGCUGCUCUCCUUCACUUUGAUGGAGGAUCCAGAGAUCCGCCUCCUUGUCCUCUCCAUACUCACCUCGCUCAUUGACCGACGCCAGAACGCCGCCAGACUCUCCACUGCCAGUGUGACGUUUGAUGUUUCCCUGUUGGAGCUGAAGGAGGACAGAUGUUCUCGUCAGGACGUUUUGUUCAUCAGGAAGCAUGCUCAGCGUCUCUACAGGCACGUGUACCUCACCUGUAAGGAGGAGAGCAGUGGGCGGGGCCACUACCAGGCGCUCAUCACCCUAUUGGCUGUCCUAAGUGUGGAGCUGUGCAAUGAGGAGAUGGUGGUUGAUCUGAUCCGCCUGGUGCUUGCUCUGCAGGAGCUGGCGUUGUCCAAUCAGGAGCGUCUGUCAGUGUUGAACCGCUGCGGUGUUCACGCCCUCUGCGCCGUCUUCCUCCACCUGGUGUCUCAGCUCGGUCCUCCUCCUGCUCUGCAGCAACACAUCACACAGGUGGUAGAGCGCAGACAGAAGGACGCUCCUCACCUGCUGCCCCAUGACGUGUUCUGUGAAAACCCCAGUCUGCCAGAUGGUGAGCUGCAGGUGGGUGAAGACUUUCUGUUCGUCCAAUCAGAGAUCUGCGAGGCUCUGAGAGGAAGCAGCUACAGUGCACACGACGACCGCUUCAACACACCGUACACACCUCAGCUGACAGAUGAAGAUCGUCUGUGUAAGAGGAAGAGUAUUGGAGACGUCGUGUCUCUGCAGAUUGACAUGAACCUUCAGAACGGCUCUGACACACAGCAGAGGCCUGAGACGGAGCAGAUCACCUUUGAGACGUUGAAGAACACGAUCGAGGAUCGGGGGAGUGUGGAGGAGGAGGAGCGCAGGAGGAUGCAGCUGGUGGAGAAGUUUCAGACGGCUCCGUUUGAGGAGAUCGCUGCUCACUGUGGCGCCCGGACGUCGCUGCUUCAGUCCAAACUGAAUGAGGUGUUCGACCUGAUCAUCCGUCCUCCUCCCUCACCGUCCGGUCAGUCGCAGCCGCGCUCCACGCCGCUCUACGAGAUGAAGUUCCCCGACCUCUGUGUUUAUUAGUGUUCGGUAUCCAGGUAGGAGAGGAGACAAGGAGGCAGGAGAGGACAGAAGAAGAGGAGGCAGGGAGAUAGGAGAGGAGAUGAGGAGGUAGGUUAAGAAAGACAGGAAGGAGACUCACAUGAGCACUUUAACUGUUUUUGAUGAUUAGAAAUAUUUUGUUUUGUUUUUGUCAGAAUAUAAUUUAUUGUUUGUGUGAAUUAAAUUAUUGAUUCAUUUUUGAUCCGUGUAUAAAAAAGAACGUCGUGAUGUUCCCUUGUUGUCGUGUUUAAUGUUUCUGUUUGAGACCGGAGUGAAAAAAUAAAUUAUUUUACUUUAAUUUGUUUGUUUUUCUGUAUUUUCUUUAAUGUUUGACUUCUUUUAUUACAUGACCUCAUCCAGGGAGUUUUUAUUUUGUUACUCCGUCUUCUUUCUUGGUUUCCUGUUUACAGCUUUUACCCCAUAGUCGACACUGUUUAGGCUAAGUGUUGAGGGGCUUUGGGGGACUUUGAGGGGGGUCUCUUUUGAAAGUAAGAGUGUAAAGAUGUGUGAAGUGAAGCUUCCUGUGUGACAUGGUGGUUUGAUUAUUCAGACUGUUAAAUGUUGAAGUGGCGUGCGUCCACUCUGACAGUGAAGAGGAUGAAGAACAC